UACAGUGUCGUGCCGUGAUGUGUACCCCCACCCCCUUCUCCCCGAGUGAGAGAGAGCUCCCGUACCCACAUACCCACACCCUAGCCAGUGGACAUGCCACGGUGCCGGUGACAGUGUAGUGCCAUACGUAUAGUCCGGGAUACACCAUGUCGUCGUUCGUGUGGCCAGCCAACUACCACUGGGCGGCGGCACCCCCUCAGCCGCCGAGUGGGCUCAACUCGCCCGCCCUGGCCGCCCAGCCCUUGUACAACGCACCUACUAGACCGCCCCUGGAACACGGAAUGUUGGUUCCAUGGAUGUUUUCCGUUUGGUUACUGGGGACCCAGGCCAUGGGCUCACUGGGUUCGCCUGAUCCCCAAUCUUCCAGACAAUCCUCUAGACAAUCUUCCAGACAACCUUCUAGACAAGUUUCACGAGGACAAAGCUCCCGACAGUCUCCCAAGCCGAGAGCACAGAGUACCAAGCCUAAAUUCCAAGAGGUGUUCGGCUGGGGUCAGGUGGACUUUGCGUACCCCUCCGACCAAGCAAGACAGGCUGCCAUAGCUGACGGGACAUUUAUACCCGAAAACAACCUCCCUCUGGGGAUAGAGGUAUGGAAAGACCGAGUGUUUGUGUCAGUGCCCCGGUGGAAGGAAGGAGUUCCAGCCACUCUGAACGUCAUCUCCAUGAACGAUCCCUCCCCCAGCCCGCUGCUGACUCCGUACCCCUCCUGGGAGUGGCAUCAAUCCGGGAACUGCAACGGCCUCACCUCUGUGUUCCGCAUGAAGGCUGACGAGUGUGGAAGACUGUGGGUGAUUGACUCUGGAAUCAUUGACGCUCUUCGGACUGUCAAAGUCAUCUGUCCACCCCAACUCUUUGUGUUCGACCUGGAGACCGACAGGCUUCUGUGGAAGUAUGAGAUCCCUAAAGAUCAGAAUCCAGAGAGUGCUUUAUUCACGUUCAUCACUGUAGACAUCAGGGACAAUGACUGUGAGGACGCCUACGCUUACAUUGCUGAUGUGUUCAGAUACGGUUUGAUCACCUACCGCUGGAAGACAGACAGUUCCUGGAGGAUCACUCACCCCCACUUCUUCCCUGACCCUCUCGUCAGCAGAUACAGCCUUGAUGGGCUCACCUUCCGAUGGACCGACGGAAUCUUUGGACUGAGUCUGUCACCGGUUGACCCUGUAACUAAAGACAGAACUAUGUUCUUCCAUCCGAUGUCGAGUUUCCGCGAGUUUGAGGUAGCAACGUCCAUCAUCAGACGGGAAGGUGGAAACUUAACUCAGGAGGAGAAGGACUCAUUCUUCCUCCUAGGAGAGCCGAGAGGAGAGAGCAACAGUCAUGCUAGCGCCUCCGCAAUGGACAGAAACGGAAUCAUGUUCUACAACCUAGUGACAGCUAACUCUGUCGGCUGUUGGAACUCCCAGACCCACUACUCUCCGAGGUCACAGGGUGUCGUUGAGAGAAACAGCAAAACUCUCAACUUCCCCAACGAUCUCAAGGUGGACCAAGAGCCGGAACAGAACAUCUGGGUGUUGAGCAACAGGUUGCACAAAUACCUCUACAGCUCUCUCGACCCUACUGACGUCAACUUCCGACUACUCACGGUUCCGGUGAAAGAGGCCAUCAAGGGGACUGUGUGUGAACCUGGAGCAAACAUACCAAGUGAACCGGUCGAGAAAUGUCCUAAAAAGCAUUAAGGUAUUUGAAAAGAUAGUCAGCUUAUCUUUGACUAUUGAUUGAAGUAGACAUCCCAUUCCUGUUAUAGUUGUAGCUAUUAAGGGAAUGGAAAUGGACAAGUCAAAUUAUAAUUGAGCCACCGACAGAGUGAUUGCUGUUGGAUAUGCCAAUUUUUAAACCAAGCAUAACUAACAAUGGAAAUCACUGCAUCAUUCAUGUAACUUCAACUACCUAUCAAAAUGUUGUCAGAAUUUAGUGUUACCCAGUUUCCUCCUGUGACACAAGGCGGCGUUGGUGUGUGGCAACGUUGCAAUGUCAUGCAUAUUGCCAUGGCAAUAACAGAAAUAACAGAAGUGUAAACAUAAAAAUUUCCUAUACUGUCCAUUAUAAUAAAAAUUAUAAUUAUUAUAAUAAUUAGUGCUACAUCUGUGUCGGUUUGACGGGAUAGCGGUGUUGCCACUUUUGUCUCGCUGAUUUACAUUUUACCGCCAUUGAGGUGUAUCUGAACACAAAAUACGAAAGACUACAUGCUACUACACUAACUUAAUUCUGUCUAUAGGACACUUCUUGGCUCAUUCAGAUACAGUUGAUAGAGUGUUUAUUUCUUUAUUUAUAUUUUAUAUGAAAUUUCCAAAUUUCCGAUUUAAUUUUUGGUUGAAGUAUAUACCUAAAUAUUUUAUUGCUUGGUCAGGAGGGUUCCAUGUGAUCUGUUCACCUAUAAGUUCAAUAUUUGGAGGAUCUGACGGUUUUUGGAGGGUGAAAAUCUUUGCUUCACCCUUCAUCGGAUUUAUAGCUUUUCUCCAUUUUGUGAACCAUUCCAUCAAAUUGGCUACAGCUGGUCUACAUAGAUGGGAUGUUACUACUUCAGAAACCAAAAGGCAAUGAAAUGAACUAAUCUUGACUCUCAAUACCUAUCAUAAAAAGUGGUGUGGGACACAGCUUUUCAAAGUGACAUGGUUGUACAAUUGCCUAAAAAUUUUGAGAGGCCACUUGGAAAUUUGGUAACAUCACCUCAAGUUAAUUUAUUAAUUUUUGCCCUCUUGCUCAUUCUUUGUUUUUCAUACUUGUAAAAUUUUUUAUGUAUAUCUAUAUUAAUUUAUUGCUUUUAAAAAUUAGAAAGGUUAAAAAAAUCUAUGCAGUUACAAAGUUAACACGAUAUAGAAAACAAUAUAUUUUUGUCCAGAUAAAUUUUUACUAUAAUAUGUACCUUUACUUUAAAAUACUUCUGAAAUAAAGAACCAAUUGACCAAUUAAAUUGUGACUUAAUGAAGUCUGCAUCUGUUUAACACCAUUAUAAAUAAAAUUUAUUUAAAUGAAACUUUGUAGCCUACUCUAGGUACCUUUUGUGAACUAUUGUAUUAAUGUGUAAAUAAAUGUAUAUACUUUUUUA